GCAGCAUCCACGGGGCACCAGUUCUUAGCCAGCUCUGCUGCUUACAGCGUGUAGCUGGUGCUCAAGCGAAUUGCAACAAUAUCAUAGCUACCAACAGAGCCUUCUUUGUAAGACGUUUGGGCGGGCGGAACAGCCUGCCUUAUCAAGACAAGCUAACAAGCAAAAAUAUUCUCCGCGGUGAACAACUUUUUCGCUGAUUCGCCUCUGGUGAAUCAGCUCAAAGGCAUUAUGGUAAGAAAAACUCGCCAAACGAGCAACACUGAACCAGGUCCACCAGACGAAAAUCAAGAAAGUCGCGGACCGCCAACUGUGAACCUCGCGGUCAGUCCAUCGGAAAGUCAAACAUCAGUAAGAUCGCUGACUCCACCGCGACAACGGCAAGUGAGCUUCCUGAAGCCGGCGGCCAAUACCACCCUGGAUAGAAAGGCAUCUAUUAUCGAUGAGACUACCGGCAUCACUCGCACGCAAAUGAAAGAAUUCCGUGAAGCAUUCCGCCUCUUCGAUAAGGACGGUGAUGGGACAAUAACCAAGGAGGAGUUGGGUCGCGUGAUGCGGAGUUUAGGACAGUUCGCACGAGUAGAGGAAUUGCAAGACAUGUUGCAGGAAGUGGACAGUGAUGGUGACGGCAACGUAAGUUUCGAGGAGUUCGUCAACAUUCUCUCCAAAUCGAUGUCUGGUUCUGGAGGGAACACCAGCUCAGCCGAACAGGAGGAGCGUGAACUGAGAGACGCUUUCAGAGUGUUCGAUAAGCACAAUAGGGGGUAUAUUUGUGCGUCCGACUUGAGAGCUGUACUGCAGUGUUUGGGGGAGGACCUGUCUGAAGAGGAGAUUGAAGAUAUGAUCAAGGAAGUUGAUUCUGACGGCGACGGUCGUAUUGAUUUCUUGGAAUUCGUUCGAGCGCUCGGUGAACCAGAAGACGCUUGUGAUGAUGAAGAGGAUGAUGAUCUGAUUGAUGCUGACAUUCCCCAACAUAGAUCUGUGCUGGCUCUGUAGAUUUCUACUCUUCGUUUAUUCCACAGAUUCUGAAUACUUGAAUAAUUACCUAGUGUUUCAUUUUUUUGAUACCUCUUGAACUUAAAUUUCUCCAAAAAUGUGUAUUUUUAUAAGAUUUAACGGUACUAUUAAUUAAUUGUUUCAUGAAAAAUCAACUUUUUUGAUUGGAAAACUAAUUGGAAUUAAUAAAAAUAAUAACGUUUACAAAAUGUAGCGAUUUUAAAUGAAACUUUUUUCUUACUUAUGUAUUAGAAACUUACCUUCUUAAAUCUAUAUUAGCUUAUGAAAUACCUAGCCUUUUUCAAAAAAUAUUAUCAACAAAUUUUCUUAUCUAUUUAAAAAAAUAUAUUUAUUAUCUGUAUUUUUCUAGUCACUCCAUAUCUCUCUACAUUUCUACACCUAAACUAUACCUAGUUGUCGCUAAAAGUAUAGUUGUGAAUUGGUUGUGACCACAACCUACCUACAGAAAUUUUAUAUAAAUAUAAUAAUUACGUACAAUUAAUAUAGUAUUGUGUAAUUUUAAAAGUAUCUUUCUAUAUUCAUUAUAGCUAGCGCACACAUUGAUGCCUAACAACUGGCAACGCUAUAAAAACCGCGUUAUA